AUGCACUCCGUAAAGACUCUUGCUUUGGCCAUCGCGCCUCUUCUCCUCGGCGUCAGCGCCAAAGUCAGCUUUGACAUGGGCGACGCUCCCAACUCAUGCAAAACCAUUUGCAAGCCCCUUGGCGAUCUGAGCAAUAAGUGCGACACCGACCUCAGAAGUGAUAUCGAUCGCGACGAGAACCGUCUCGAGGCGCAAUGCAUCUGCACCAACAAUAGUUUUGAUGUUGCCAAGAUUGCUGCCCUCUGCGCCGACUGCAUGCAUCAGAGUGCCAACAGCACCAAGAGAGACGACAACCGCGCCGAUCAGGAUGAUCUAAAUGAUAUAAAUAACUUGAUGUCAACUUGUGGCUUCUCCAGCACUAAAUACAGCCCUGAUGCCACCGGCAUGGUGCAGAGCAUCUCCGUCUCUGCUUCCAGGCUGACUGACAUCAAUCAGCUUACCAAGACCUUUGAAGGAGCCGGCAGCCAACCUACCGCCCCUGUGACGAAGACAGAUUCUACCGGUGGUAUGACGACCAUCACCCCUACACCCACUGCAGGCGGGCAGACCGGAUCUCAGACCGCGGCGACCAGCAGUACCACUUCUAAUGCUGCAGCUCCCUUGCGCCGUGAUGCUACACUCGAUGCUUUGUUCGUCGCUGGUGUUUUGUUUGCUGGUGGCGCUAUGAUGUAA